ACAACAAACUGAUGGCUGUAAAACAGCAACAGCACAUGUUCAGUGAGCUGAGAGAUACAUUUGCUCGCCGCCUCACCAAUCACCUCAACAAUGUCUUUGUUCAUCAGUUCAACCACUUCAGUCACUUCAAAAUGACCAUCCCUCAGUUCUAUAGGUCUUCUUGUCUUUCACUUCCAGGCCAUGAUCAGAGCUCCACACUUUCCCAGCACACAGUGGACCUGACCCUGCCCAAACACAGCCCCCUUCACAGGGAUCUGCUACGCUACGCCAAGCUCAUGGAGUGGCUGAAGAACACCCAGCGGGAGAAGUACGAGGGCCUGUCGAGGACCUAUGUUGACUACAUGAGCAGACUAUAUGAUCGAGAAAUUAAAGAUUUCUUUGAGGUUGCCAAGAUAAAGAUGGCAGGUACAACCAAGGAGGCAAAGGGCAAAUUUGCCACGCUUCCACGGAAAGAGAGUGCACUCAAACAGGAAACGGAAAGCCUGCACGGCAGCUCUGGGAAGCUGACUGGCUCGACCUCAAGCCUGAACAAGCUGACUGUGCAGGGAUCCAAUAGCCGGCGUUCCCAGUCUUCAUCACUGCUGGACAUGGGUAACAUGUCAGCCUCUGACCUCGAUGUGGCUGACAGGACCAAGUUUGACAAGAUAUUUGAGCAGGUCCUCAGUGAGCUGGAGCCUCUGUGUCUUGCAGAACAAGACUUUAUCAGCAAGUUCUUCAAACUGCAGCAGCAUGUGACUGUUACACCACCUCUCGCUCAGCCGGAAAUGGAGGACUCGGAUGGAAGCACACUCCAAAGAAUGAAUCCCCAGGCAGAACACAGACACUCCAUGUCUUCAGAGAAAGACCAGGUGCGGCUGAUGAUGAAUAAAAUCUUCCAGAGCAUUGAGACGGAGCUAAACAGUCUCAUUGCUUUAGGCGACAAGAUCGACAGCUUCAAUUCUCUCUACAUGCUGGUGAAAAUGAGUCACCACGUGUGGACAGCUGAGAAUGUUGACCCUGCGUCUUACCUCAGCACUACUUUGGGAAAUGUGUUGGUCACUGUCAAGAGGAACUUUGACAAAUGCAUUUCUUCUCAGAUACGACAGAUGGAAGAAGUGAAGAUUUCUAAGAAAAGCAAAGUUGGCAUCCUCCCCUUCGUUACAGCUUUUGAGGAGUUUGCAGAGCUGGCGGAAACUAUCUUCCGUAACGCAGAGCGCCGAGGGGACCUAGAUAAAGCUUAUGUCAAACUUAUUAAGGCUGUAUUUUGUAAUGUGGAUAAGGUCGCCUCCGAAAGCCAGAAGACUCCAAGGGAUGUAGUGAUGAUGGAGAAUUUCCAUCACAUCUUUUCUACACUGUCACGUCUGAAGAUCUCCUGCUUGGAUGCAGAGAGGCGAGAGGCCAAACACAAAUACACGGACCAUCUACAGGCCUAUGUCAUCAACUCUCUGGGCCAACCUCUGGAAAAACUCAAUCAUUUCUUUGAGGGUGUUGAGGCACGUGUGGCACAGGGUGUUCGUGAGGAUGAAGUGAGCUACCAUCUGGCUGUGAAUAAACACGAGCUACGAAAAGUUAUCAAAGAGUAUCCUGGGAAGGAGGUGAAAAAGGGGCUUGACAACCUUUACAAGAAGGUGGACAAACAUCUGUGUGAAGAAGAAAGUUUGCUACAGGUGGUGUGGCACUCCAUGCAAGAUGAAUUCAUCCGCCAGUACAAGCACUUUGAAGGUUUGAUCGGCAGAUGCUACCCCGGAUCUGGAAUUACGAUGGAGUUCACCAUUCAGGACAUGCUGGAGUACUUCUCCAGCAUUGCACAGUCUCAUUAGUCUGGCUGCUAUUCAUUAUUUUACAGUACUUUACUACUGCCUCACACUAGAUGACUAUAAAUUAAACACUCACAGCUGCCACCAUGUUGCCUUUUUGGCACUUUCAUAUGUGUGCAACUUGUGCAAAGCUUGUAAAUGUCUUGUCUUCUUUGAUCCUUCUGUUCAAUCACACUUCCUUAUUUUUUAUU